ACGCGAACGUAGGGUUGGGCACCACUGCAAUGUAAGGUUUGUUCCACCGGUACUUAACGCAUGCUUAUGAAUAUAAUUAAGCUUAAGUGUGCAGAACCGCAUGGCUCAGCUAGAAUUCUACCACAAGCAGGCAAUUCCACUGUGCUUUGAUUUGCUUUGAUUUGCAAGCUGCAAUAAUGGCUCAAAUGCAAGUUAAUGAUGCUGCAAUUCUCUGUUUGGGUUGUGCCCAAGACCUAGCUGCCAGGAAAGAUGACAGAAGAGCUCUACAAAAUAAAGGUGCAAGGAAAGUGCUUUAUUCAUGGAGAUCAAUGCUUGCAAACUUGGAUUGAGACUCAGAGGAUAAAGAAUUGUGUGCAGAGAACAUGGCAAGGAUGAAUGUAGACAAUGAAAAAAUGUGUAGGAAAUGUUUCUCUGGGUUUGAAAGGCACUUCAAGCUUGUCUCUAUCUUGAAAAAUAACCUCGCUAAGUCAGUUGAAAGCCAACUCUGCCAGGAAGCACAAGAACCAGAACCAAUAAUAAAGCGACGAAAGAUUGCUACAGAUUCAGCCAUUCAACCUCUUCAAGAUGACAAAGAUGAAGAUGAAGCGAGUAGCUCACCCUCAGUUUCCAUUCGACUUACCUAUAAGAGACCUAGGAGUUUCAAGUUAACUCCCAAUCGAAAGCAUCUGGGAAAAAAGCGAUAGCACGACGAAGCAAGAAUAAAAUUGCAAUCGAAUGCCUAAAAGAUGAAUCUAUUAGGAAAAAUAUUUUGAAGCUGAUUUGUAAGGAGAUCUGUGGUGAAAUAAAAGCGCUGUGCUCAAACCAUACCAACUCCAUUCUUCAGCAAACUGAUCCGUCACUACUGAAAUCAUUCAAGUGGAUGACUUUUACGCCUGAGUUGGUCAAAUACACACCAACUCUAAAAUUGUUAUUGGAGUCAACUGGUACACAACAUCGAAACAGGCCUAACUUUGAUGCCGUAGUUGGACUGUGUGUUGCACUUCUUGCACGGAACAGAAACCAAAGGAUGAAUCUUAUUGCGAAGAUGCUCUCACUCAUCAUGUAUGCUGGUCAUUCAUCAAAAGAGACAUUCAGUCGUCUACAAAGGCUGAACCUGACAAUAUCUCACACCAGCCUUAUUCGUCUACUGGAUAGAGUGGGUGUUGCCUUUGAUGAAAAGUCUAAGAAAUGGAGAGAUGACUUGUUGGAUUUGCUGAGAUCUUCUAACACUGUCGGGAGGCAUCACAUUGAUCCAGGAGCACAAUCAAUUCUAGCGGAGGAUCUUAAACACCUCGAUUGUUUCUCCUCUUCUGAUGACUCGGACUCGGACUCAGACUCAGAGAGCGACACAGGUGCACAAGAUUCAGAUGCUUCCGUCCAAAAUAUUUCUCCUGUCACUUCUGAUGAAGAAGUAUUUUCAGAAGAUUCUGGUAGUGACUCUUCUGCUGAUGAGGUUGAAAGCACUGAUAGAAAUCAAUCUCACAACCUAGGAAUAGCCACUCCAGUCAGACACAAAGCUACUGCUGACCAAUCAUUAGUUGAUACAGUGCCCAUGUUCCAUCUAUGUGGAGACAACAUCGACAAGAAUAUCAAACAGCGGUAUUUCAGAACGGACAAACCUUCUGGAACAAAGUCACUCCACUACUUCCACUAUUAUGCCGUUAAGGACAGGAUCGACUUCAGUGGAAUGGGAGAAGAGCCCUUUAAGUGCUCACAGGCUGAUCUCAAACAAGGGCGUUGUCACUCCUCCCAACAUAUGAGGAUGACACAGCACUACAAGAGAAUAUCUGUACGAUGAUAUCCCGAGUCCUCUGCAACAACAUACCAUACUUCAAGCAAUCAUUUGACGGAGCAAUAGAUUGGCACAUUGAGCAUAAGUACUACCAUGAGCUGAGUCAACCAUCUGAGUGGGUACCGAUGUCUAUUAUUCCCAAAAAUGAGAACAAGGGUGAUGAAAUGGUUGAGAUCAUGGCCACAAUACACAAUUAUGUUCCAAUGAUUGAAUCGUCCCGUGCAGUAUUUGUACCAAGUCUUAACGAGCACAUUGAUAUUCAAGAGGCUAGGUCUUUCCCGAUCAUCCUUCAUGGGGACUACCUAACAGCUGCGAGAGCAAGAGGUGCCCAGAAAUUCAAGAUCAAUGCUGACUCACCGUCCAAUAGAUAUGAAGGAUUGGUACCGGUGUCUGCUGACUGGCACACGAAACUGAGAGUUCUAUCGAUAAUAUGGAAAUACUACUUCUCUUCUCGAUCGGCAACAGAUACUAUUGGUAGUCUGUACAAUGUACGCAACCGACUGAAUCGCACAAAUGUUCCAACAGAUGUAAAAAAAGAUUUCAAUGCAUGUGAAGAUUUUAUUGAGACUGUCACACAAAGCCAGAUUGUUGCAGCAGCUCUUCCAACAUUUGAUAUGAAAUCGGUGAGUGAUACCCCAAGCGAACGUGUGAUUCAGGAUGCAGAAAAUCUAUGGAUGAAACCUAGGCAUGAGAGGAAGGCAUGCUUACACGACCUGUGCCUGAAGGUAUACAAAAAAUACAUAUCCCUUUCCCACAACUCUAGUUCUGAGGACUAUGUCCAAAACGAUAGCGAUUGUAUUUCGAGCUACUCAAUCCAGCUGUUGAGAAUCGGGGUGUUGUAUAUGGAAUUUGCAGACGCUAUCAGGGAGGGUGACGGAGAACGAGUGUUUCGAUGCUGGCGUUAUUUUCUUCCGAUUUUUCGUGCAGCACAUUCUACCAAUUACUCUUGCGAAGCUCUUCAUUUCCUUCACCAACAUUUGUAUGCAUUAUCGUCACGACUGUCCAAUCAGUUAAUUUUGGGUCGCUUUGUAAAUGUCCGCGGUAUUCCAGGAAGAAAUAUUCCACUUGACCUUCAUAUGGAGCACUUGAAUCGUAUAGCGAAAGGUGCAAUUCAUAACUUGAAGUCUAACAAGACUAUGCGUUCAAUCUCGAGGGUUGGACGAGCGAUUGGAACACUAGCUCCACUGAUGGAAAUGUUUGAUGAAGAAAACUCAGUGCCAUCAACUUCUAGCAAAUACCGGAAGCCAUCUGCUGAAAAAGACGUAUACACUAUCGUUGAGCAGUUAAUGAAGCAUGAGGUAUUCUCUAUCGAACCUGGUAGAAAGCUUAAACAUUUCAAGAACCCCAAAGAUUUAUUUUCAACUGCCUCUAACAAAGAUUUACUUGAUUGGAUGGUUAGCCGAUUAACUUUACUGUAAUUUUUCAACUGCAUGCAUUACUAUUUGUAUCUAAUGAUUAUCACUCCCAUUCACGAUGUCAUUCAAUAAUCAAUUAUGAAAAUUUAACCUAAAAAAACAAAUGAAGAGAGGUUUCUGGAGCAACAGCCACACGUACAAAUCAAAGCACAUACGUCACAACAAAGACACUG